CAUGCGCAGUGCGGGGCGCCCCGAUCCGUUCCCGGAGCAACAGGGAAAAUGGCAGCGCUCACCACCCUCACUCAGCUGUCGAGUGGGAAUCCUGUGUAUGAAAAUUUUUAUCGACAGGUGGAUCCAGGAAACACAGGGAGAGUAGGACCCACAGAGGCUGCCUUAUUCUUAAAGAAAUCAGGACUACCUGACAUCACUCUGGGAAAGAUUUGGGAUCUAGCUGAUCCAGAUGGAAAAGGUUUCUUGGACAAACAGGGAUUUUAUGUUGCUCUGCGACUUGUGGCCUGUGCACAGAGCGGUCAGGAUGUCUCUCUUGCAAAUUUAAACCUCACUGUUCCCCCUCCUAAAUUCAAGGAUCCUAGCAGCCCAUCAUUAACUGCUGCAUCUUCAACUGACAGCCACUGGGCAGUUAGGCCUGAGGAGAAGAGCAAGUUUGAUGGUAUUUUUGAAAGCCUCGCACCGGUAAAUGGACUGCUCUCUGGUGAAAAGGUCAAACCAGUUCUUAUGAACUCAAAACUUCCUGUGGAUGUUUUAGGAAAGGUUUGGGAUCUAAGUGAUAUAGAUAAAGACGGACAUUUGGACAGGGAUGAAUUUGCAGUGGCUAUGCACCUUGUGUACCGCGCCCUGGAGAAAGAGCCAGUUCCUUCUGUCCUGCCCUCCUCUCUCAUUCCUCCAUCCAAAAGGAAGAAAUCUGCAGGCUCGUUGCCUGGAAUGGCGCCUGUACUGCCAGGCAGCCCACCGCCACCUAAAGACAGUCUACGCUCCACACCCUCCCACGGCAGCAUGAAUUCUCUAAACAGUGCUGGAAGCCUCUCUCCAAAACACACUCUAAAGUCCACACAGCACUCUGUGAACUGGGUGGUGCCGGCAGCAGACAGGCAGCGCUACGAUGACAUCUUCCUGAAAACGGAUGCCGACCUUGACGGCUUUGUCAGCGGUCAAGAAGUGAAAGAGAUCUUCAUGCAGUCUGGCCUUUCCCAGAACAUCCUGGCACAUAUAUGGGCUUUGGCGGACACCCGGCAGAUGGGCAAGCUCACCCGAGAGCAGUUUGCUCUGGCCAUGCAUUUUAUCCAGCAGAAAGUGAGCAAAGGCUUGGACCCUCCGCAGGCCCUGACCCCAGAAAUGAUCCCACCAUCUGAGAGAGGCACCCCUAAUCUGUCGGGGUACAUGACGCCUGUAGGGUCCGAGAUGGCAGCCCUGACUGAGAUGCGCAGAGACAGCUCCAGCUCCGUGGGGUCCGGUGAAUUCACUGGAAUCAAGGAACUGGAUGAUAUCAGUCAGGAGAUUGCUCAGCUGCAGAGCACACUUGCUUUUACUCACUGGGACAUGCUCAGGGAGAAAUACACGCUGGAGCAAGACAUUAGAGAAGCAGAGGAGGCCAUCAGACACAAAACUACUGAAGUCCAGGAGAUGCAGAACGAUCUGGACCGAGAAACGUGCAGUCUGCAGGAGCUUGAGGCCCAGAAACAAGAUGCUCAAGACCGGCUGGAUGAGAUGGACCAGCAGAAGGCCAAGCUGGAAGAUAUGCUCAAUGAAGUGCGUCAGAAAUGCCAAGAGGAAUCCCAAAUGAUCUCCUCCCUGCAGACUCAGAUCCAUUCGCAGGAGUCAGACCUGUUGAACCAGGAGGAGGAGCUGAGCCGGGCCAAAGCAGACCUGAGCCGACUACAGCAGGAGGAGAGCCAGCUGGAGCAGAGCCUCCAGGCUGGCAAGAUCCAGCUGGAGACCAUUAUUAAGUCACUCAAGGCCACCCAGGACGAGAUUAAUCAGGCUCGCAGCAAGCUGUCCCAGAUCCAGGACAAUCAGCACGAAAUGAGCAAAAGCAUCGAGCAGUAUAGCAGCGCUCUGAACGGCACACACGGGGGCAGCAUGACCAACCUGGCUGACAUGAGCGAGGGCUUCCCAGAGAAGGAGAACGGAGGCUUCGGGGCCAUGGAGGACCCCUUUAAAGUGAAGACCAAUGUGUUCAACAGCAACUCUCAAGAGAUGCACACAGACCCCUUCCAGUCUGAAGACCCCUUCAAAUCUGACCCUUUCAAAGGUGAUCCUUUCCAGAAUGAUCCUUUUGCCAAGCAGCCUCCCACAGCCACAGAUCCGUUUGGGGGAGAUCCUUUUAAAGAGACAGACCCAUUCAAGACCACUUCAGAAGACUUCUUCAAGAGGCCGACCAAGGCCGAUCCCUUCACCAGCUCUGAUCCUUUCAGCAAAAGUGCUACUCUUCCAGCAAAGUCUCAUCACUUCUCAAGCAACGAUCCUUUCGCUUCAACCAGUCCCAAACCGAAAGGCUCAGAUCCCUUCGGCACUCUGGACCCCUUUGGAAGCAGCUCAUUUGGCAGCAACAGUGGCUUUGCUGACUUCAGCCAAAUGUCUAAGCAGGGCUUCGUAGAUGACCCUUUCUGUCGAAAGCAGGACACUCCGGCCCUCCCACCCAAGAAGACCAUCCCACCUCGGCCCAAGGCUCCCAGCGGUAAAAGCACCCCGACUAACUUGCCUGGAUCAGGGGAUUCAGCCAAGUCAAGUGAUCCCUUCCAGCCCUUUGGCUCUGACGCUAACGACCCGUUUCAGAGUAAAAAGGGGGUCGGGGACCCAUUUAGUGGCAAAGAUCCGUUUGCUCCAUCUGCUUCAAGUAAAGCCUCUAAAGACUCUUCCUUGGGUUUUGCAGACUUCAGCUCUUUUGGUAAUGAGGCGCAGCAGAUGGAGUGGGCGAAGCGCGAGAGCGAGAGAGCAGAGCGAGAGAGGCUGAAGAGACUCCGGCAGCAAGAGCAAGAAGACCUGGAGCUGGCCAUCGCCCUCAGCAAGGCCGAAAUGUCCAACACCUGACCGCCCUGUCCUCGCAUGCACCUUCACACCACUGCAGCAGCCAGAGGAAAGCGUGAAUGUGUGUGUGAGUGAAUGAGAGAGUGAGUGAGUGAGUGAGUGAGAGUAAGUAGUGUGUGUUGGGGAUGGGAGAG